CCAGAGUGGGGAGGAUGGAGGGAGGCAGAGGGCCAGGAGGACAUGCACUUACUGGAAGGAGGAAGACCAUGAGGGUACAGUGUCACAACAGCCAAGGAAGGAGCAGGGAAGAGAAGAAGGAUAUGGCCGAGGGGAAUGAAUUGAUGAACAGGCUCAUGAGCGAGAAUGCCGACCUGAAGAAGCAGGUCCGACUGAUGAAGGAGAACCAGAUGCUGAAGCGGCUUCUCAACGAGAGCUGCCACGAAAACAGCAACCGAAAUCGAGAUGCUCGCGACAACCGCGACUUUAUCUUCCCCAAAGUCCCAGGAUACCCCGAGGCCUGCUCCCCCGGGGCUGGAGGGCCAGCCUUGAGCCCGGAACCUCUCGUUUCCCUCCUGUGCACUUCGGUUCAGUCGUCUGUAAAACAGUCUUCUGUCUCUCAAGUUGCAGAAUACGGGAGACUCAUCAACGUCCCCGAGGCGUCCACCCAGCUCCAGCCUUCAGCCCUGGAGGACCUGCUUUACUCCCACAUCAACAUUUCCAACGAGGAGGACACCUCGUCUCCCACCUGCAACACUCCCUCCCAGGUGGCUUUUAAGGGCUUCCUCAGCCCCCCCGACAUCUACUCCUCGAGAACCACCGAGAGGAAGCUCAGCCAGCUGCUCAGCAACAUGCAGGACUCCAUGAUCGACAAGCCCAUGGCUGAGUCCAAGGAGAUCCGGCAGAAGAAAGUCUGCUUCUCUGAGAGCGGCCUGCCCGGAGGGGACAAGAUGAGAAAAAGCUAUUACUUAAAUGAUUCUGGAGGGUGCUGUGCCCUUCGUGGUGCAGUGUUGUCUAGUAAUCCAGAAAUACAGAGUUUUAGCAGCGCUGAGAAGGACGGGAGGAUCGUGGGAGAGAUCGCCUUCCAGCUGGACAGACGAAUCCUGGCGUAUGUCUUCCCGGGUGUGACACGGCUCUACGGGUUCACGGUGUCCAAUAUCCCUGAGAAGAUCAAACAGACCUCCAUCAAGUCUCUGGACGGCUCCGUGGAUGAGAAGAAGCUGCGGGACCUGACCCAUCGCUACCUGACCCUGACCACGCGCCUGGAGAAGCUGGGCUACAACCGCGAGGUGCACCCCGUCUUCAGCGAGUUCCUGAUCAACACGUACGGCAUCCUGAAGCAGAGGCCCGACCUGCGCUCCAACCCCCUGCACAACAACCCGGCCGCCCUGCGCAAGCUCGUCAUCGACAUCGUGCCCCCCAAGUUCCUUGGGGACUCCCUGCUGCUCCUCAACUGCCUGUGCGAGCUCUCCAAGGAAGACAGCAAGCCGCUCUUUGCCUGGUGAGCGCCGACGCAAAGCCAUACUCAGAUCCUCAAUUUUUUUACAAUACAAGUGCUUGAGUUAGUGU